AUGGCUCCCGUUACAGGAAUUGCCUGCUCGCACGCAGUGUCGCUACGUCUGGGUUCGUCCGCAGCCGCCUCCUCGUCGUCGUCUUUCUGCACAGGCGAGCCUCGUCAAACCGCUCGCAUCGCGUCACGUAGAAACCGAGGGAAUGGCGCCGCUAGGAAAGGUCGUCUGGUGGCCAUGGCUGGUAGACAAGAUGACUCAGGAAGCAAUAAGGAUGUGGCGGGAGCGGGGAUGACGUGGGUGAGCCCUGAUUGGCUGACGUCAUUGUUCGAGAAGCUGCGCGGCCCGGACGACUCUGGCAUUCCCGUGGCGGACGCGAAGCUGGACGACGUGAAGGACCUGCUGGGCGGCGCGCUCUUCCUGCCGCUCUUCAAGUGGAUGCUCGAGUCCGGCCCCGUCUAUCGGCUGGCGGCGGGGCCGCGCAACUUCGUGAUAAUCGGCGAGCCGGAGACGGCGAAGCACGUGCUGCGGGGGUACGGGUCGAUAUACGCCAAGGGGCUCGUGGCGGAGGUGGCGGAGUUCCUCUUCGGCUCGGGCUUCGCCAUCGCCGAAGGCGACCUCUGGACCGCGCGGCGGCGCGCAGUGGGGCCGUCGCUGCACCGGCGGUAUCUGGAGAAGAUGGUGGCGACGGUGUUCGCCAGCAGCACGCAGCACCUGGUCGACAAGCUGCGCGGCAGCGCGGCGCGCGGCGAGGAGGUGAACAUGGAGGCGAUGUUCUCUCAGCUGACGCUGGACGUGAUCGGACUGGCCGUGUUCAACUUCCAGUUCGACUCGCUCUCCACCGACUCCCCGCUCAUCCAGGCCGUCUACACCGCGCUCAAGGAAACCGAGUCGCGCUCCACCGACAUCCUCCCCUACUGGCAGGUGCCACUGCUGUGCACGAUAGUGCCGCGGCAGCGCAAGGCGGCGGAGGCGGUGAGGGUGAUCCGCGAGACAGUGGAGGAGCUGGUGGCGCAGUGCAAGCGCAUGGUGGAGGCGGAGAACGAGCGGCGAGGGGACGACGAGGAGUACGUCAACGAGAGCGACCCCUCCAUCCUGCGCUUCCUCCUCGCCUCAAGGGAAGAGGUGUCGAGCGUGCAGCUACGGGACGACCUGCUGUCCAUGCUGGUGGCGGGCCAUGAGACCACGGGCUCCGUGCUCACCUGGACCGUCUACCUCCUCGCCCAGCACCCAGAGAAGAUGGCCAAGGCACAGGAGGAGGCGGAGAGGGUUCUCGCUGGGAAGAGCCAUCCGAGCCUGGCGGACACGAGGGAGCUCAAGUACCUCACGCGCUGCAUCAACGAGUCCAUGCGCCUCUACCCCCACCCCCCGAUUCUGAUCCGGAGGGCGGUGGUGGCUGAUGUGCUACCGGGGGGGUACAAGGUGCAGCCGGGGCAGGACAUGAUGAUCUCCGUCUACAACAUCCACCACUCGCCGCAGGUGUGGGAGCGCGCGGAUGAGUUCAUGCCGGAGCGGUUUGACCUCGAUGCGCCCGUGCCCAACGAGGUCAACACCGACUACAGGUACAUUCCGUUCAGCGGCGGCCCGCGCAAGUGCAUAGGGGACCAGUUUGCGAUGCUGGAGGCCAUCUGUGCGCUGUCGGUGCUCGUCCGCGAGUUUGACUUCGCGCUCGUGCCCAACCAGGACAUCAGCAUGACCACCGGCGCCACCAUCCACACCAAGAACGGACUGUACAUGACUGUCAAGGAGCAUCAUCCGUGCGGCGGCCACCAAGGAGCGCACACGCACUCGCACGGCGGCAACACGCGCGGCGGCGGUCAGCAGCAGCCGUCGCUACCGCCGCCGCAACGCACGGCGCGGGAUCUGACGGCGACGCUGCAGCAGCUGUGGGGCAACACGCAGGAGCCGCUCGUUCCGCCCUCCGACCCCCGCCAACCCGCCCCGCAGCCGCGCCCUCCGCCGCAGCCGAUUUCUUAUCCCUGCUCCCUUCCGCCCGCCACCUCUGGCGCCUCGUCGCAGGGCAAUCGCACAACGUCGCCUGGGCCGUCCGCUAGCUCGUCCUCGUCGCACUCCAAUGGCCUUACGCCACUUCAGCAACCGCAGGCGGCGGCCGUGCCGUUAAACUCCGCGGGCCAGCCCUGCCAGCAGCUCUCCCCCUCCCCCUCCACCUCCGGCGGCCAGCCCAGCCCCGGCGGCUCCCCCGCACCGUGCCCCUUCGUGCCGGGGCAGGCGGGCGGCGGCGGCGUGUGGCCGCGGCACGGGCCGAACUCGGUGGCGGAGCAGUUGCGCGAGCUGAGCGCGGCGGAGUGGAUGGCGCGCGUGCAGCAGGUGGAGCCGGUGGCGCUGGGCGCGGAGUACAUGGAGGCGGACUUCUUCCGCGGACUGGACGAGCUCACCUUCGCCUUCGACGAGAUGGAGUCGCUGCUCCCCCACGACCUCAACCCCGCCUUCCUCUCCGCUCCCCCGGGCGCCUUUCACGGCGCAUCAGGGGACGCAGGCAUGGGCAUGGGCGCGGGCAUGGGCGAGGAGGAGCUGCUGGGGAUGGCGGUGGACCGAAUGGUGCCCGCCCCCCAAGGCAUGGCGCCCGCGCAUCCCCCCACCAGUUGCGCCAGGGAUGGCUGGCAGUGCGCGGGGCAGCAGGGCGGGGGAGUUGAGGGGACGGGGAGUGCGAGGUCGGGGGAGAGCCAGGGGCGCGCGGAUAGCCAAGGGCGCGCGGAGGAACUGAUGGCGCAGAUGCAGCGGGCUGCGCUCAACAGCCCGGGCGGCUCCCAGGAGGGGUGGCAGCAGGGGGGGCAGCAGCAAGGGCAACAGCAGGGGCAGCAGCAGGGACAGGCGAUGCAGCAGUCGCAGCAUGGGGUGCAGGCGGCGGCAGGAGGAGGAGGAGCAGGCAGCAGCAGUGGCGGCACGGGCACGGGGCGGUCGGCGGUGAUUCAGAUGCUGCUGGACAUCGCCAAGGCCAUUGUGUCCGGCGACCACCACCGCGUGAGUGGUAGGCGAACGGUAGAGGGUGAGAAGGGGGGAGCAGGAGAAGGUGAGGGGGGAGAAGGUACAGGUGCGGUGCACGUGUUGGUGGAGCGCCUGACAGCGGUGGCGUCGGUGUACGGGGACGCCACACAGCGUGUGUCCGCCUACUUCCUCGAGGGGCUGCUCGCCCGCGCCUCCGGCACGGCGCCCACGGGCGCCGGCUGCCCCGGCAGUGACGGCGCGGGGGCAGCAGGCGCGCUGGGCAUCUACCGCUCCAUUGACUGCGAUGCCCCGCUGCUGCGCGCCUUUGAGGUGCUGGUGAGUGCGUCACCGUACCUGACGUUUGGGCACGUGGCAUGCAACAGCGCCAUACUGGAGGCGAUACAGGGAGCGCGCAAGGUGCACAUAGUGGACUUCGGGCUGGGUCACGCCGUGCAGUGGCCGCCACUCAUCCAGGCACUGGCAGUGCUGCCGGGGGGCCCACCGCACCUGCGCAUAACGGGCAUCGACCGCCCCUUUGUGGCCGGCAUCCACAAGGGCUACUGUCUCCGCCAGGCCGGCCAGCGCCUAAGGAAAGUGGCGCAGAGCUGGGGGGUGCCAUUCACGUUUAACUUCAUCCCCAUAAACCUGCCGGACCUGCAGCCAUCCAUGGUGCGCUGCGAGGCGGACGAGGUGCUCGUGGUGAACUGUGCGCUGCGCCUGCACAACCUCAUGGACGAGUCCGUCACGCCCUCCAACCCGCGCGCCGCCGUGCUGCGCACCAUGCGCGCGCUGGCGCCCGCGGUGACGACGCUGGUGGAGCAGAACACAAACCACAACUCGCCCUUCUUCCUCAGCCGCUUCCUCGAGGCGCUGCACUACUACGCAUCCAUCUUCGACGCCCUCGACGCGUCCGUGCCCGCGGACUCGACGGAGCGGCGGCUGUUUGAGCAGCGCGUGCUGGGGCGCGCCAUCGUGAACGUGGUGGCGUGCGAGGGGCAGGACCGCACAGAGCGCCAGGAGCCGCUGGGGCAGUGGGAGCGCCGCGUGCACCGCGCCGGGUUCGUGGGGUACCCGCUCAGCCGUGAGGUGGUGGCCACCGCCACCGCCCUGCUCUCCAC